GAAGUCAAUCCUGUGUUCACACUGACAACACUGCAUGACGAUUGGCUGAUCCUGCAGGCCACGCCCCCUCAUCUGUGAUGACAGGAGGGUCAGAUAAAUGACAGCACUGGUUCCUCAGAGCCUCACAUCCAUCCACCAUCUCUGUGCAGGAGGAACUUUUCAUCUGUUUAUCACACGUUUUCAUCAGAAGUUUUUUUCACUGAGUGACAGCAGAGACUGUGAACACAGCACUGAUGGAGCUGAAGGAUUUUGACUGUCUCACUAAAGACGUCCUGGCUCGGCAGCAGUGCCUCCUGGACUCCUCUUCCUCCUCUUCUCCUGCUGAUGAGGCUCAGUCUCCAGCCUCCUUCCUCCACUCCUCCCUCCUCACGUCCUCAUUCCCUGUGAACACCUCUCAUACCGUCAGCCCAUCACACCGGACCUUACACCCCCCCAGCCCGGCCUCCUCUUCCUCCUGCAGCCUCCUCCUCUGCAGAGAUCCGCAGCCCGACUCCCCGACAGGAUCUAUUUCCAGCUGUGGAGGCGAUGCUGUGCGCUCGCACGCUGACUCCUUUUCAGCACAGGUCACCUCCAUCCUGAGGGGCAACUAUCUGAUGCCACCAGGGGGCGCCGCAGGGCCCAAGCGGCUCUGCCUGGUGUGUGGAGACUACGCCUCUGGUUAUCACUACGGUGUGGCGUCCUGCGAGGCGUGUAAAGCCUUCUUCAAGAGGACAGUACAAGGCAACAUCGAGUACAGCUGUCCUAUGAUGAACCAGUGUGAGAUCACCAAGCGCAGGAGGAAAGCCUGUCAGGCGUGUCGCUUCCAGAAGUGUCUCCAGGCCGGCAUGAUGAGGGAGGGUGUCCGUAUGGACCGCGUGCGAGGAGGACGUCAGAAGUACAAGCGGCGUGUGGAGACAGGACUCAGGUGCUUGAGUCACUCAGUGAGCUGCAGAAACAAGGUCAUCUCCCAUUUGCUGCUGACAGAGCCCGCCCCCCUCACCGCCAAUCAGGACGAAUCCACCAACGACAGCAGCCUGAGCACGCUGCUGACCCUUGGUGACCUCCUGAACCGGGAACUGCUGCUUCUGAUUGGCUGGACCAAACAGAUCCCAGGCUUCUCCGUGCUCUCAUUGGUCGAUCAGAUGUCACUGCUGCAGAGCGGCUGGAUGGAGGCGCUGCUGGUGGGUGUGGCCUGGCGAUCUCAGGGUGUGGAGGGGGAGGAGCUUGCGUUCGCCGGUAACCUACGUUUGGAUGCAGGACGGUGUCGAGCGGCAGGACUGAGCGAUUUGUACGAGGUGCUACGUCACCUGACAAUGAAAUACCAGGCGAUGGAGCUGAGUCCUGAGGAGGCGGUGAUGAUGAAGGCCAUGGCGCUGGCCAACGCUGACUCCGACCUGGUCGACUGUCCGGACUCGGUGCAGAGGUUUCAGGACGGACUCCACGAUGCCCUGCAGGAGUACGAGUCGUCCCGCAGAGAGCACCACCGAGCAGGUCGUCUGCUGAUGACUCUGCCUCUGCUGCGACAGGCUGCAGACCGAGCUGUGCAGGUAUUUCUGCGGCUGCACCGCCAACGUCACAUCCCUCUCCACAAACUGUUCCUGGAGAUGCUCGAUGCCAAAGUCUGAAAGUUUCCUCGCACACGCCGCCAUCAGGAGAACAGUCUGGAGUCUCUGCAGCAGUUCAUCCACGCGGGAGGAAUUGACGACUCGUGUCUCUGCAGUAACAAAUAUGAAACUGUUUAAUUCCAAAUCACAAACCUGUAGCUCUUUUAAGCACCAUAACCUGUACAGUACACGUUAUUGUUUUAUAAAUUUGAUAGAAAAUGUUAUUUAUAUUUUUGUAAAAGAUAAAAACAUUUGCAUUCUAUUUGUUCAGGGUAUAUUACUCUGUAGAGCGUUCCCUAUGAAUGUGAGCUAGUUACCAUAGCGAUAAAAGUCAGGGAGGAAGUGGAGACUUUUAGUUUGAAGGUAGAGUUGAAAUUAAAAAAAAGAAAAGAAAAAACCCACCUUCCAACCUUCACGAUUUCAUCUUUUCUAUAAACAUAAAAAAAUGGAUUCAUAGGAUAUGUAACAUACAGAUGUGAUCAGACAAAUUAUUAUAAAUACACAUUUGAAUAAACUUCAAAAUUUCUGAAUUCUGUCUUUCCUGUGAAAAGUGGGAACCUUCAAUUAAGUGAAUUUAAUUACUCUCUUCCUUGACAAAUGGAUCAAUACAUUCAAUCAAUGAUUUAUCUGUUAGUAAUCAAUUAUUAAAUGAAGCAACUAUUUACCUGUUUGAUUGUUUAAGUAAUUAAAACAACAUACUUUCUUUGCUCAUAUAACAAAAGAAAUCAUGAAA